CUGAAACCUGCAAGAUGUUGAUACAGACUAUAUAAGCCCCGAACAUCCAGCUAUCUCCAUCAUACCAACGCUGACUGCCCCAGAAUGAUCGGCACUCUGUGUUUCUUUGCACUGCUGGGCUCCACGAUGGCCUGGGGGCGUUUAGGCCUGUGGAGCGAGAGGAGCGCGAGGAAUGAGACGGGAGGUGGAAGUGGGGACAGGUGCACUUGUGAUGCCUUCUUGCCCAGUUCUACCUUCCCUAUUAAAGACCUAGUGGUGGUAGAGCAGACAGCUGGGGAGAUCUCACACAAGCUGGAGCUGGAGAUGGGCAAGCUGGAAGACUAUGAGACCAAGCUGACAGCAUAUGCAGAAAAGAUAAUAAAGAUGACAGCAGACAUUGAAAAAAUGGAGAAGGACCCUGAUGCCUACAAUGAUGCAGACAUUGAUGAGAUAAAGGUGCAGAUUAAACAAGUGGAGGCUCUGAUUAUAGAGCUGCAGCUCUCCAUUAGAGGCUCCACCACCGUCUUUGAGUCUCUGCGUGUGCAGAUCACAGCCAUGGUGGCAACCCUGGACAGGCUGGAGAAGACCUAUGACAAGAACAUGGUUCUGGUAACGCGCCGGGAGUACAUCAAGGUGCAGCUGCAACUAGAGGACUGCGAAAGACGCCACCAGGAGAUUUUCAACCCCAACAUUGGGUCUUGUGCACACACAGGUAUCAUCAAGGUCAGCAAACCCAUUGUCAGCCAUCUGAAUGCCCAUCUCAGUUCUGGCUACAUAUAUGGAGGCUGGGGGAAAGAUUCAAAGCCUGUUCCUGACAGAGAAUCUAUGUACUGGUACUCUGGGUACACUAGUGGCUCCAUUGUUGACAUUAGGUUCUACACUAACUACAAGAACCUCAUUUUGAGAAACCACUUCGAACAUCAUAACUUACACAGCAGCUGGAUUGGCACAGGGAACAAUUUCAUCAUCCGUGACAACACUCUGUAUUAUCAAAUCAACAGCCCAUUUGGGUUGGCCAAACUAAAUUUCACAACAAUGAAAUAUGAGUCCAGGGUGAUUGCUAGGGCCAGCACCAGAUUCUCCUACACUAACUCCCCCAAUCAGAACUUUGACUUUGCUGCUGAUGAAACCGGCCUGUGGGUCACCUAUGCUACAGAGGAGUCCAGUGGUCGGAUGGUCAUUGCUAAAAUAAACGAGGCUUCAUUUGGUGUUGAGGAGGAAUGGAAGACUAAUGUCUAUAAACCAGGAGUGAGCAAUGCCUUCAUGGUGUGUGGCGUUCUGUACGCAGUCAGAACAGUUGAUAUCCAAACUGAAGAAAUAUUUUACAAGUAUGACACCAAAACAAAAGAAGAGAGCUACAUAAGUGUUUACUUUGAGAGGUUCCGGGAUAAGUAUUCCAACCUGGACUACAAUCCCACUGACCAGAAGCUCUACAUGUACAGUGAUGGCUACUAUGUUAACUACCAUCUGUGGUUUAACCACACAGCUAAAGCCACAGCUAAAGCCACAGUGGAGCCACCAAUUCUCCUGAUCUAA